AUGAGCAGUGUUUUUGACUGUCAAUGGUUGUGUCGGCCCCGCCUGCUGAGCAGUGCCACCUGGUCCAUGGCACCUCCUAACAGCCUGAGGUACCAGACCCUGAAGCAGCCCCUGCUGUCCUAUCCUCUGCAUCAUGAGAGCCAGCAGAGACUCAAGUGCUACGAGGAGGACUGGGAAGAGUCCUUGGGCGUGUGCGUACUGGUGCAGCACGACGAGUCCAACGACAUGCGCACUCUGCUGCAGCUCUCCGUCUUUAACGACAUUAAACCAGGAGAGCUGAAGACCACAGGGAUCCAGAAGCUCCUCGAUUUCCCGUUUCCACUGACGACCAUCAAUGGCAGUCAACAGGAUGACAUCAGCUUCGAGAGACUGCAGAAGAACCGAGCCGACGCUGCGAAGAGAAAAGACGACUGCUUCAGAAGCCUGUUUGAAGCAGAGGGCUGUCCUGCUCCCUUCGUGCACGGCUCACGGUUUUAUUGCUUUCAUUGUCCGGGAACAGUCGAGGCUCCUGUCGGUUUACUAAAACCCAGCCAUGACAGCGGUCUCAAGAGGAAGUCUGCAGAGCUGCUCCCGCUGCUGUCUUUGCCUCAGUGCAGCCGUGCAGAUGGAGGAGAAGAACGGCUUCAUGAGGGGGAGAGUGAAGAAGAGGAGAAACUGGCCAUAAUGUACGAAAGAUUGAGGGUAGAGCUUCCAAGAUUGUUUGCGAAAAACCACGACUUCGGUAUGUAUUCGACCGACCUGGAGUUCAUCAACGGCCUGACGAACAGCAGGAGCAGGGGUCUCGUGGCGUACCGGCUCACGCUCACCCUUUGGCGCUUGCUGUGUUUGUGUUACUACGCCCAUGUUCGGCUGGAAGUUCUGAAGCUCACUAAGCACACGGAGGACGGGUCCAUCAAGGCCCGCUGGAGGGUCAGAGGCCUGCCCUUAUACACUCUCUUGCUGUUCUUCUUCCGCAGAGACAAGUCCCAGCUGUACAGGUCGUACGAUGCGUUCUCCACGUUUUACAUCGGACAUGACGGACUCAUCCGUUGUCACAAAGUUGAAAAGGUGAUGCCAGCCCAGCCCCCGCUCCUCCCCAGAGGAACCACCCUCCUGAAGGGCGCUCUGGUGGCUCUGGGUGUGGAGGAGCACAGACCUGCUCUCAACCUGCUGCCCUUCUUCCUCUCCUCCCUGCGCCACAAGAGAAACUGACGCCACAGCAUCCACUGAAUUAAACGCAUGUCCCUGAAGAGUUUCAUUCGUGCGUACCUUAGAAGUUCUGGUUCAUGUCCUGGUUCUGUCCCCGGUGCCUCUCAUCUGGACACAGUCGUGACUUUCUGCUGCUUCGCCUGAUGUUUAGCUGCACAGGUUCAUGUUUGCUGUUAAAGCCAUCAGAUUAACAGCUGAGAAAUAAACGUUUAGCUGCAAA